GUAAACGUCAGAGGUAGUGCUGUUCUCGCGAGGGAUAUGCGCGAUGAGACUCGGCGGGUCCUGGGUGGUGCUGAGUGAAGAGGUGGUUGGUACAGCGCUGAUUUCUAGUCUAGGCAGAAGAGAGGAUGCUGCUAUGGGAUUGCUGUCGAUUGCAUGGCGCGGUGAUGGCGCCUUUGGUCUGGGUAGGGGUUUUCACUUGCGUGGCUGCUGCCUUUCCAGGGUCGUAUAAAACUUUUCUUGUCCACGCGCUUCUUACUUCUUCACCUCCACAUCUUCGCACCUACCCAACAAUUUCGAUAACAUCAAUACCUACUCUGACGUGGUCUUGUACAACGCAAGCCACCACUGAUCAGUGCACUGCGGUGCCUUCGACGUGCUCACUGCUUGGCGUACCUGGCGAGAUCCGCAACAAGAUCUACGGCUUCGCGAUGGAAGAGAGCCUAGACUCGCUCAAAGACAAGUACUCCGCAAAACUCACGGAGGCCGAGGCCGACAAGGUCAGCUACUACGCCCACCGCAACCGACUGAGUUUUGGAUAUCUGUGGAGCGCACAGCGGAGAUACCGCCAGUAUUGGAGACUGACCCAAGUCUGCCGCCUGAUACGAUCCGAAUUCCUUCCUGUCUACAACGCUCGCACCCAGUUCUCCGUCCGGCUGGAUGACCUCCAGAGCUACAUAGACACGUUCGUCAGACAGCCCGGUGUAGCCGAUGAAGACGCUGUCGGCCAGCUUGCCAUUGUCUCAGAGAUCUAUACCCGUGUCUACAUUGACCUGAGCUCCUUGGUGACACUGGUCAAUACCAUGAAGCACCUCCACAUCUCAGCCCCCGACGGGACCCGCUAUCCAUCUUCGCCGCAUUGCACAGAGGUGCUGUUCCGUCUUGACGACUACCCCUCAUUUCGCGACUACUUCCAGCAAGCGGUGGUGGGCAUUCACUACAAGGACAAUUUUGGUGCCCCGAAAUUCCGCUUCGAGAUAAAGCAAGGCCAUUGGGAGGGCUGGAUGGGUUGGGACCGGAGACUGGGUCCGCGACCACCUGGUGCGCCGCAUCCCUCAUAUGUCUGGGCCAGAGAGAUUACUAUUCCCCUGCACAGGGAUAUCUAUACGAAGUGGGUGGAAUUCAGCCAAGCUUCGUAGUUCGCAGAUUGUUUAGCACAAGGACGGCGCAUUAGUUGAAAUUUAUGUCAUGGCUCUUAGCUGAAGAAGAUAUCUAAGGGUAAACACUGAC